UAGUCAUACCGUAUUUUGUUCAGUAACUUGAAUGAAGAGUUUCAGUUUAAGCAUGUUGCCAUUUGAAACAGACACAGUGCUUGGAGUAGUCACUAAAACAUUUUACAAAGUCAUGCCAAGAGUGGUACCUGAUCAGCGAUCAAGAUUUGAUAACGAUGAAUUGUUUAGAAAACUCUCAAGAGAAGGAGAGAUUAAAUACACAGGAUUUAAAGAUCGACCGAUAGAAGAACGACAGUUAAGAUUUCAAACGGAAUGUAGGGAGGGUCACGCUGACUUGGCGUUCGUCGCCACGGGAAUUAAUCUACAGUUACAGUUUAAGUCAAACUCGUGGUCAGAAAAUCCAGAUGACAGAUUAGUAGCCCCAGACUUUGUAGAUUUCGACAGGGAACCCGGAAAAGUACACUUAAAGUCCCAGUUUAUCUUAAAUGGGGUUUGCGUAAUAUGGCGAGGAUGGGUCGACCUUAAUAGACUGGAGGGCAAUGGUGCAAUAGAAUAUGAUGCUGAACGAGCAAUGGUGGAAGCCAAUUCGUUACAGCAGCAAAUAGACAAUUACAAUAGACAAUUACGUGAUUUCGAUGACAGACAACGAAGGUACCAGGAAGAACAGGAACGGCGCGCUGAGGCGGAAGCCGAGGAGCAUUCUACUUAAUGAAGGUUUAUAUCUAGUCAAAAAUACUAUAAAGUGUUCACUACCACUCACUCAUACAAUGGACUGGGUCACCUUGUCUUCACAACUUCUGUCUGGAUGCCUAAAGGGUAGAACAAAACUUCUGGCCCAGUCUACGGAGAUGACCUUCAAGUGAAGGUCAUUGUCAUGACAUCAGAAACUACUUUAUGGUGAAGGUCAUUACCAUAGCUACCGGAACUGCUUUAAGGUGAAGGUCACUGCAAUGACAACCAAAGCAGAAAUCAUGCAACUUGGCAAAAGAAUUGUUGUAAAAACAAUGAUGCUCACUUAAUGUAUGUUCUGUAUGUGUUAUACAUGUGUAGUCAUAAUGAUAUAAUUCAUGUAAGACAAGUGAACGGCUGCUGAUGACAUCUUUGAACAUUGACCUUGAUGAUGGCAACAGUGCAAGUCAGCUGUUAAGUGCAUGGGCUUAUUAUACCGGCCCAUUGCUACAGUGGAAACUACUUUCAUCGUAGAUUCUGUGAAUCAUUGUGCACUUUGACCAUUCAAAUUUGUUUUCUUUUUUAAAACUCUUUGUAAUAUAAGACAGGAGAACAAUAAUUUUUAUUUUCUCAUCUGGAUUAAAAAAAUAUAUAAUCAAGGGAGGAUGGAAAGAUUUCAUUUUUAGCUCGUCUGUUUUUUGGGGGUGAAAAAACUUUAACAGCAAAGCCUGUUACUCUUGCUUAAACAAUGUAGAGUUAAUUAUUUUUAUUUGACUUAAAAACAAAGCCAAGCAUGUGAUUCUUUUUACUUUGGCAACAUUUCAAAAUUUUCAGUCAUUUCUUAACUUGGUUGAAUUUUUGUCAAAUAAAAUAAGUUCGGGUUGUAGAUUUUGGGUAAUGGCAGGUUAUGAUGAGAAUCAAAAUAUUUUUUCUCUCUGUCAUAAGUAUAUUAAUGAGUAAUUUCUAAGAAGUUCUUUUGUUAAAGAAUCACUUCUAGAAACUAUUGUUCCAUUUUAUAGAAUGUACUUUUUGAUAGAAGUUUUUAUUAUGACAUGAUAUUUUGUAAGUGACAACCUUGCUGCUACUUUUAACUCAAAUGUUUUUUUGGAAACAUUGACAAAGCCUUGGUGAACAUCAGUCUUAAAAUACUUCAUGCUUGGCCAUAAUUCUAUAUCACUUCAUAUACAAUUUAACUAUGUACACAUAUGACUAAGCAGUGACAAUAUAUACAAGAUAUACAUGUAUGUGCAGAAAAGCCUUCAUCUCAAGGCAUUUAUAAAUGUUGAGCUGUUUCCCUCGAAUGACAGAGAAAUGGACAAGCACUGACAUCCACAACCAGUUGCCUUGUUUCUUUGUAGCUAGAGAACAGUAGUAAAAGCUUGUAUGUUUUUGAAAGAAAAAAAAUGUUGAGGUAUUACGAUCCCAAUGUUGUCGUCUUGCAAUUGUUUUAGCCUUGGACAUAAAUCAAAAACAGCUCAAGAUGUUCACAUGAAACUUGGUACACAUGUUGCCAGAGACAAUACAUGUACAGCAAGGCCCAUAACUCUGGCUUAAAUAAUUGUUGAGUCAUCCCCCUUGUUGCUCAGUUCAAGAUGUUCACAAGGAACUUGGUACAUAUGUUGCGAGAGACAAUACAUGCACAGCAAGGCCCAUAACUCUGGCUAAAAUAGUUGUUGAGUCAUUCCCCUUGUUGGACUAAAAACAACAACAGAAUAGCGUUGUAUUUACUCCGCGGCAUUAUCAUUAUUUGUGGUUCUAGUCAACUUUUCAAUCUAGUUCCUUAUUACCAUUGUAUAAACUUAAAGAUUUUUGUUCCAUCAAUAAUAUUGAAUUAUUCUGCUAAUACUUGUUGUUUGAUAUGUCUUAUUCUAGAAGUGAAAGAAGCAAGAUUGUUGCAAAUUAAUCUGUGAACAAAAUGUAAGACUGUUGCAAAUUAAUCUGUAAACAAAAUGUAAGAUUGUUGAAAAUGAAUCUGUAAACAAAAUGUAAGAUUUUUGCAAAUGAAUCUGUAAACAAAAUGUAAGAUUGUUGCAAAUUAAUCUGUAAACAAAAUGUAAGAUUUUUGCAAAUGAAUCUGUGAACAAAAUGUAAGAUUGUUGCAAAUGAAUCAGUAAACAAAAUGUAAGAUUGUUGCAAAUGAAUCAGUAAACAAAAUGUAAGAUUGUUGCAAAUUAAUCUGUAAACAAAAUGUAAGAUUUUUGCAAAUGAAUCUGUAAACAAAAUGUAAGAUUGUUGCAAAUGAAUCUGUGAACAAAAUGUAAGAUUGUUGCAAAUGAAUCUGUGAACAAAAUGUAAGAUUGUUGCAAAUGAAUCAGUAAACAAAAUGUAAGAUUGUUACAAAUGAAUCUGUGAACAAAAUGUAAGCUUAUUGCAAUUGAAUAUGUGAACAAAAUAUUUGACUGUUGCAAAUAAUCAGUGAAAAAAAUAUUAGAUUGUUGCAAGUGAAUCUGUGAACAAAAUGUAAGAUUAUUGCAAAUUAGUCUGCGAACAUAAUAUUAGAUUGUUGCAAAUGAAUCUGUGAAAAAUAUUUUAGAUUGUUGCAAUUGAAUCUGUGAACAAAAUAUUAGAUUGUCGCAAAUGAGUCGGUGAAAAUAAUACUAGAUUGUUGUAAAUGAAUCAAGGAACAAAAUGUAAGAUUGUUGCAAAUGAAUCUGUGAACAAAAUAUUACAUUGUUGCAAAUGAAUCUGUGAACAAAAUAUUACAUUGUUGCAAAUGAAUCUCACACAGUGAACAAAAUGUAAGAUUGUUGCAAAGGAAUAUGUGAACAAAAUAUUACAUUGUUGCAAAUGAAUCUGUGAACAAAUUGUGAUUGAUUAUAACAAUGUUAAGUUUCAUGGUGUUUUAAAUUUGCUUAAUCAUGAGUACUGUUAUUACUGUAAUUUUUUUUGUUAAUUUUUGAACAAUUGUUUUUUUUAUUGAAGUAAGUUGUAUAACUACUUGAAGUUUUGUGUUUGAUAUUAUCAUAUUAUAUUUGAUUGUAAUGAAGUAAAUUUACUUCCACUUAAGUGCUUUUUAAUGGAAAAUUUGCUAUUGAUAGAUUAUGUAUUUUGUUCACUUAUUAUAUUUGAAUAUGUAUGUAAGUUUUAUAGAAUUUUAGUUUUCUUCCAUGGUACACAAGGAUCAAUUUUUAUUUUGUGUAUGAAAAUACUUUUUGACUGGUACAUUAAUUAGUUGUUUCAAUGGAAAUAAUGUAACAUUGUGAAAAAAAACUGUAUCCUUAUUCAUUGGGUAUUUUUCAACCAUUUUGGAUAUUACACUUGGGGAAAAAUGCUUCAUUUUGACUAAAAUUGAGAAUUCCCAUUUUGCCUAGAAAUGAACAAGAAUGCUAGAAAAAUAGACUGAAAUGAUUAUAAAGAAUGUGAUAAAAUUUGUUUCCAUAAGAAUACACCAAUUCUUCCAUACAGUUUGGGGGUUCAUUGUUUUAUAAAAUGAAUAAUAAGAACUGAUAAUUCAAUCAUAAAUUGGUAAUUUUAUUAUAUUUCAGAUUUGGGAGAGUGUUUAGAACUCAAAUUGGUCCCAAAAAAGAACAAUGUUAUUUUUUGUUGAUUUAUCUGUUAAGUUUAAUUAAGUGUGUAUAUUCAAUUAUUUUAUGCUAUAUAAUGUUAUCAAUUUUGUUUAGCUGAAAGGUAAACGGAAAGCUAAAAUUAAGUUAUUAUGUAUUGAAUUAUUGAAACAGUAUUUCCUGGUUUUGUAGUAUUUUUUUUAUUUUCAAAAAAAUUAUGUUUGUUACAUGAUAUUAAUGUAAAAAUGUAUACUAAAAUUACAGAUAAAUUUAAUUGAUAAACUGUAGAAAUAGUGUAUUUAAAUCUAUUCUACUUGGCUGUUUCAUCAUUGUUACAUGUCAACUUGAGGCUCCGUCACUCGUUCAAACAACAAAUAUUUCAUAACAUUAGCACUCAAUCAGACAUAGCUGAGACAAGAAUAUUAAAGAACUCAGAUGUGAAAUAUUAGGUGAGAUUAAUUGAUAAAAUAUGAGGAAUCGGUAAUGUAUUUUUUCAUCCCAAGUCACAACAUUUCCAAUUUUUUUUGCCAAAAAGUCAGCAGCUGAUUUGCUAAAUGAUAGCCCAGCACCCAAACAAUACACCCUGCCAUUAACCUCUGCCGCUCUGUUUGCAAUUUUUUACAAUAAACACAUAAAAAGUGAUUGUGAAGAAGUUCUUCUGAUUAAUGUACAAAAGUCAGCCGAGAAUAUUUGGCUGUGAGGUAUUGAAAGGCAAAUUAGACUGCAGAUUUUGGGGGGUUUCUAGGUGAUAUUAUUUAUUGAAAGCUUUGCUCCGAAUAUGGUACCUUAUUAGAUUAAGAGAUUUACAUGUUUUAUUAAAAUAAUCACGUAAUGGACCAGUAAAAAACACAGUGUGGAAAAUUUGCCCUUCAAUUAUUUCUGUUUCCUACAGGGCAAUCUUGUACCACUUUUUCAUUUUUUAAGACAGAUGAUGAAAAAGAAACAAAAAGUAUUGUAAAUUAUGAACAUGUUGGACUGAAUUAAAACAAAACAAAUCAAUGAUCCAAAAUUGCUGGUUAUGACCGCCGAUAAGCAGGUUUGACUAGUAAAAAUGCAGUCGCUUAUGAAAAAAAAUGUUGCAAUAAAUUUGUUAAUUGGCACUUUUGUAGUGCUGUAUUAGUUCUUGUUUAGCCAACAGCAUUUUGUUGUUGUUUCACUCUUCCAAUGUGGUCUGUUUGGAAUAAUUUCCGAGAAGCAGGUGAUAUUAUUAAGUGACCAUAAAGAAACAAUGAUGACCCUUUAUUUCACACAAAAAAUGAUGACCUGCAAUGAUGUUGCUUUCGGAGUGAUACCAAAUUAUAUUUGGCGUAAAUCACAAAUUUAGCAUUUUUUUGAUGUCCUGAAUUACAGUAAUUAAUUUAAAAUAGUUGUUACGAAUAAUUAUUAUCAUACUUGCGUUAUUAUUAAUUGAGAUAAAUCUUUUUAUUAAAUUUUAAAAUUCUUUUUAAAAUUGAUGUCAAAAAACAGAUGUGCAAAUUAAAAACAAAUAUUUCAAAUUUUAACUCGUAGCUGAUCAUUUUUCGGAAUAAUUAAUUGUAAAGAGUGCACCUCCCAGUUAAUUUUAAGAAACAGUUUUAUACAAAAGAGAGUGUUUAAAGAGUAACUCUUGUAUUUUUGUACAAAAAGAGAAUUUAAAAUUCAUUUAAAUUGAACUAAAAGUUCCUGCUUGGCAUUUGAACUCUAAGACAUGUUUUAAAUGUUUCCAAUUCGUUUCACCACCUGGAAGUUUAAGGGUUUAAGGUCAGCUCGGAUUGGGACUCAUUUGUCUUCUGACUUGGGAAAACAAUUUGCCAGGAUUGAAAUAAUUUCUUAAUAGGUGUAUGAUUACGCUGUAGGUUAAAGGUCAUUUUUGAUGGAAACUGAAGCUGAAAAAAUAAUUGCCUUUGUUUUUUUGAAUGAUUUGAAAAAAAAUCAAUGAAAUUUUGAACAAGAAACUGAUGUAAUAACUUUGAUUUUCGAACUAGUUUUAUAGUGAAUUCUCUUUAAUAAAACGUGAUUUCGCAGCUGUAUGUUCUAGAUUAUUUGUUUUGAUUUUUUUUUUAUAUUGCAGUGUAUUGGCAAUAUCAGCAUGUUAAAUAGAUUCAGAUUCAACACAUUUAUUAAGCUAUUUGAUAUAAAUUGUAAAUAUACAAUAUGCCUUAAACAUAUAUACGACAACAUGAUAGGUGUGAAAUUGAAACUAGAAAGAAAUAUAACAUUACCAAUAAAACAGUAAUUUUAAUAGAGAUCAUUUGACGAUGGACUUACAUGUAAGGACAGAUAAACCGGAUAUAGGAUAAUUAUGCACUAUACAUGCUGAGAGAUGAUCAUAAAGUGCUUAUUGUAAUUAACUUAUUUUGAUUAAGUUACUACAUAACAUUGUUUUGACAUUGUAUAAAUGUUUUGGAGACAAAUUUACCAUACACAGUUUAAGUUGAAAUUUUAUUUUUAUUAUAAGACUAGAAUUGAGUAUAUGAAGUAAAAGAUAUGAAUGGAAGAGUUUAUUUAAAUUUAAUUACAUACUUUAAUUGUUAAUUUAUUCUAGUUAUGUUUUGGUAUAGUGUUGCAAAUGUAUGCAUAAUAAUAAAAACCUCGCAAUUAAUUUUCUCGGAAAAAAAUUAUGGCCAUAAUUGGGAAAAGCUGUUGAAGAUUUAUGAUGUAUUUUCUUCACAAUAAUUGAUCACACUGAUUGAAGAUGGUUUGAAAUUUGAUAAUUCUCCCGUUGAAAUACAAUGUGUAUAAUUAUGCUAUUUUGUUAACACCCAAAUCCUGCUCCUUUUGUCGACCUUUUCCCCUUUGGGUAAACAUUUAUUUUUCAACUGCUUUGACUUCUGUCGGCAUUGAGCAACCUUUUGUACCCAGAAUGCAAUAUGUCUUGUGUAUUGAUAACCGCUCUUUUAUGAUUUACCGUUUUUCUGUUCGAUUUAAAUUUCUAACUAGAAAGUGGUUUCAACAAUUUCACUGGAACUGCAAAUUAAGAGUGGAGAUGUAAAGACACAGAUGUUACCUUGUUUAGACUAUUUGAAGCAUCAGCAUAAAGUCCUUUGAAUAAAAUAAAGAUAUUGAUACUAUUUUAACCAGUUAUUGUCAUGUCUUUUAAUUUAAUGAAGUGUUAAAGAAUAAAAUUUUCUAUUUCAAAUGUUACAUGUGUGUUUGUUAUGAAUUUUCUUUCUAUUUCAGAUUGUAUUUUUCUUUUAACAUUAUCAAGACAUAAUAUUAUAUUAAGGCCAUCUUAAAAAAAAUGUUUAUAAGCAGUGAUUCAAUGCUUACUUCAUUUAGAAAGUUCAUUGGUCCGAUUUUAUUCUUUAAUACAGAACCAUGAAGUAAUUAAACAACAUUUUUCAAAAAUAUACAGCUGACUCAUAAUUAUUUUUUUUUAUUUGAAGGCAUUUUUGGUGAGUCAGUCGGGCCACUGCGAUCAAACUAUUUUUUUAGGAUGGCCUUUUGUUACUUUGAAUAAAUGUUUCUCAUUGGUCGUAUUGUUUUGUUUUUCAAUAUUUAUCAUUAUGUGUUGUUUUGAAUCAAGAUGUAAUUAAGAUUAUUUUGUUAUGAUAAAGUUGAAAAAUG